AAUAUUCUGAUGGAUCCACGAACUAAGGUCAUGUUAGAAAUAUAUUAAAACUUACAACCUUUUAUUUACCGGGGAUACCUAUGUUGUAUGUUUUCUAACUUCAACUUCCUUAUAGAUGAUAUAUAUAGGACUUACCCAUAUGUAUCCAAGGAUACACUACCUCUUAAGUGAAGAUUGUGGAACUAGAGGCUGGAUAUAUGUCUUAGGACGCACCAAAUUAAACGAAGAACAAGUAUAACUAUAACCUAAUAAUAAAAAAAAAAUCAGUUUGUGUAUGGGUUUGUUUUGAAUAUAAGGGAGUUUAAAUUUCUUGAAAUUCUAUUUUCAUUACAAAUAAUUAAGAACAUCAUCCAUUACGAAAAAAUGUUAUGAACUCAUUUCAUUUUCCGAACUAAAAUGAAAGUACGAAUAAAAAAUUGGACUGGAGUGGCUACUUGGCGAUGGGUUGCUAAUGAUGAUAACUGUGGAAUUUGUCGAAUGCCUUUUGAUGGCUGUUGUCCAGACUGUAAACUACCAGGUGAUGAUUGCCCCUUAGUUUGGGGACAGUGUUCCCAUUGUUUUCAUAUGCACUGUAUUGUGAAGUGGUUGCAGUCCCAACCAGUUAACCAACAAUGUCCGAUGUGUAGACAGGAGUGGAAAUUCAAUAAUAAAUAACUUGUAUAGUUGAAUGUUAAGUACCCUAUAUGAAAUAAUAAAAAUUUUUGAAUGAA